AUGAAAUCUUUUUUUUGUCAGGCAAUUAUUUCAAAUCAAUUAAAUGAUACUAUUAAAGACUCUCAACGUGCUAAACAAGCAGUUGAUAAUUAUUCAUUUCCUGUUCAAUCAAUGAUUCAACAAAUCGAUGGUACUGUUAUUAGUAAAGUCAAUGCAAAUGAUUUAUUAAAUGUAGAUUCAACAUCUGAACAAUUUCUAAAUAUAAUUUCUGAUGGUAUUGAUACUGCAACAAAACGAUACAUUCAAUUUUUAGAGCAAGCUCUUAAUCGACAAAAAUAA